GUUUGGAAAUCCAUCCAAUGGAGAACGAGAUAGGACGAGAUAUUUACAACAAAUUCCUUCUACCAUACAAGAAGAACAAUCAAUUUCUUUUCCCUACGGAACCGAUGAUGAUAACGGCGUACGGGACCACAACUACAAUAGCCACUGUAUGGGAUGCCCUCCUCUAUCUCUACACGAUAAACUUCCAGUCCAAAAAUACGACGUAUCAGAAACAAAAUUGCCCAUCCGCGGAAACAAAUUCUUGGAUUCGUCUAGGAUGGAGGCCGGAUCUUCCGAUCGAAUCUCGCACAAUAUCAGUGCGGACAGCAGAAGUGAAGAUACCGUGCCAGAAUUGCAAGAUUUGCUUGAAAAAUUGAAGAAAGAUCCUUGCGGAUUCCGUGAAACUAGAGACGAAAGGUUAUUGCACCCAGAAGAUAGGGAGUACUUCUGUGAAAAUUUCGGUAUCACUGGUGUCCACCCGGUGUUUGUAGACCAUUCUGGAAUGGUCGUUUGGAUGUUAGAUGAUCGUGGGAUCAUGUUUGAAUGGAACGACAUGGAACAAGGUAUGAACUACUUGGGGAUUGAUCUGAGGAAAGGCAGGAGUUGCCGUGCACUGAUUGAUGACCAGAUUCAAACUAUUGUUGAUUACUUCUUCAAGAAUCCCAAUACCGAAUUACCCGAUAAUCAGCGGAGCUGGGACGACCAAGAUAGUUUUAACAAUUCUUUAGAUGAUUUAUCCGAAACUGGAGAAAAAAUAAGUGAGAAAGUCUUCCGAAAGGAGGAUGCUAUUGCAUCUGAAUCUUUACCAGAAACCGAGAAAGAGAGUACUCAGGUUCGAUUAAUCCCAAUGACAGUUCAUCAAACCAUUAGUGAUCACGUCGAAUCACAAUCAUCAUCACCGCAACUAUUUAAAUUCACUUUCUCUCCCGUACAUCCUCUUAUCAUUCUUGUUAGUUCAAAUCCGAUAAUAGUAUCUUUUCGUUAUCACCCCCAGCGAUAA